AUAUAUCAGACAUGAGCAAAGCCAUGUGACUAAUGUGAUGCUAGCUUUUGGGUCCCCGUCACAGAAAACCCUAACCGCUAUACACAAUCUACUGAACAAAGUAUGGCACUCCACGUUCUCUAACGGAAACCCUAUAUAAAUACACAAACGCACCGAAGAUCUCUCCAGUACCAUUCUACUUCCAGCUAGCUGCUUCAGGAUUUUCACUUCUUAUCAUACUUAACUUGGAAUUUCAUAUCAUGGGUAUUCGCUUGCUUUCCAUGUUUCCAAACGUAAAGCAAAUACUGAAAGGUAAAUCUCUUCGAAACCAUCAGCAGCAGCAUUCAGAAGUACCGAAAGGGCAUCUAGCGGUUUACGUUGGAGAACAGCAAAUGAAGAGAUUUGUGGUACCAAUAUCGUAUUUGAGUCAUCCUUCAUUCCAAGAUUUGCUUAACCAAGCUGAAGAAGAGUUUGGUUUUGAUCAUCCAAUGGGUGGCCUUACUAUUCCUUGUAAUGAAAAUACUUUCCUUGAUCUCACUUCUAAGUUCCAUGCCUCGUGAAGAAAAAAAAAACAAAAACAAAAAGAGAAGAGAGCAAAUUAAUACCUCUCAUAAAACUCGCAUUUUAUUGGGAUUUCUUCUUCUUCUUUUUUUUUCUUUUUUUUUUUUUUCUCUUUCUUCUUUCUUACUACUACUGGUCACUCAUGUACAUUAAUUAAAAUUUUGGAAUGAGAUUGCGUAGAUCGUGGUUAGUUCGUAA